UCGGGUUUGGUAGUUUAGUCCCAUUUGUCUUACAUUCCAAACUCACGUCAACAUAUAAACCAGUUCCAGAAAACGCCACUACCCAAACAAUCAUGCACCAACUACGUUUAGUAGUUAUCAACUUAUCAUCUUCUUUUUCCUCUUUAUAUUCCACCUUACUGGUUUCAUUAUUUCAUCAAAAGAAAAGAAAAAUGUCGAAAACUUUAGUAGACGAGUGUCGUGGCGUACUUCAUGUCUAUAGCGACGGUUCCCUAGUCCGUGCUGCAAACCCAGCUUUUAACGUCCCAGUUCACGACGACGGCACCGUUUUAUGGAAAGACGUCGUUUUCGACUCAGCUCAUGACCUUAAGCUACGCCUCUAUAAGCCAGCUAAUUCAACAAAAGGCUCCAACCUUCCAGUUUUUUACUACCUUCACGGUGGUGGCUUCUGCAUCGGCUCGCGAGCAUGGCCAAACUGUCAAAACUAUUGCUUCAAGCUUUCUUCUCAGCUGCAAGCCAUAGUGGUUGCACCGGACUAUAGGCUCGCCCCGGAGAAUCGGCUUCCGUGUGCGUUUGAAGAUGGCUUCACGGCUGUUAAGUGGCUUCAACAACAAGCUAUGAGCAGUGAGAGUGAGAGAGACUCUUGGUUGAACGACGUGGCUGAUUUUAGCCGGGUUUUUAUCUCGGGUGACUCGGCCGGUGGUACCAUGGCUCAUGAUUUAGCGGUUCGGCUCGGGUUUGGUUCCACGGAGCUGGAACCGGUUAGGGUUCGGGGUUAUGUUCUGCUGGCACCGUUUUUUGGUGGAACGGUUCGAAGCAAGUCGGAAGCUGAAGGGCCUAUAGAUGCUUUUCUGAACUUAGAACUUAUUGACAGGUUUUGGAGGCUUUCGAUACCGAUUGGAGCGGACACGGAUCACCCAUUUGUGAAUCCGUUUGGACCAGAUAGUAAGAGUUUUGAGGAGAUUGAUCUUGAUCCUAUUCUGGUAGUUGUUGGAGAAAAUGAUUUGCUUAAAGAUAGAGCAAAGGAAUAUGCAAAUAGGCUUAAGGAUUUGGGUAAAAAUAUAGAGUAUGUAGAGUUUGAAGGACAACAACAUGGGUUUUUUACUAUUGAUCCAAAUUCUGAA